CUUGACGCCCCGUUUCCCCCCGCCUCUGCGAACAUCCAUACCCCUCCAAGAUGGAGGCGCUAGGGGGCUACCCGACAAGGACCUCCGGCCCCAAAGUCAAGAGGCUGACGGUGCUCUUAAGCAUGACGGUGGGCGUCGGCUGUCUGUUUCUGCUGCAGACCCAACUGGUCAAACCCAGAAAACCCGAAGAUUUCUACUCGUUCGAGGUGAAGGACGCGAAGGGGAGGACCGUGUCUCUGGAGAAGUACCGAGGAAAAGCUUCUCUGGUUGUAAACGUGGCGAGUUACAGCGAGCAGACGGAGUUGAACUACAGGUCUCUGCAGGAGCUCCACCGGGAGCUUGGAACCUCUCACUUCAACGUACUGGCCUUCCCCUGCGGACAGUUCGGCGACACCGAGCCCGGAACCAGUCGAGACGUCGAAAGCCUCGCCAAGUCCACUUUCGGAGUUACUUUCCCUUUCUUCAGCAAAAUCCGAAUCAUGGGCUCAGAGGCAGAACCAGCCUUCAAGUUCCUGACAGAUUCGGUGCAGAAAAUUCCCAAGUGGAACUUCUGGAAGUUCCUGGUGAACCCAGAGGGCAAAGUGGUGCGGUUCUGGCGGACAGACGAGCCCAUGGAGAGCGUCCGGCAAGAAGCUGCGGCGCUUGUACGCGAUAUCAUCCUGAAAAAACGUGGGGAGCUAUGAUGACCAAGAGAGUGGACUGACAAGCCUUCUGCCCUGAGCAUUGGCUGCCAGGAUGGCCUGGCAUAACUGUCCCCUGCAGACAGGAAGCUGAUGCUGACUCUUAACAUCUCUCACCUGUAGUACAUGUGUGUGUGUGCGGACCCAUGUGUGUGGGAGAGAGUGCAGGCAUGAUGCUGUGGUGACAAACUUUACUCUAAAUGACCACUGAAGGAAGUAUUUUUGUAUUUGACAUCCACUGCUUGCAUUAAAACAAUUUUCCUCCAA